CUUUAACCCCCUCUCACUCGAAUCACCAUAACACCCGCACCCAUCUUCUCCUCUCCUUCCCCUUCUUCAGCCUCUGCCGCUGGUCCUUCUCCACGGUCGACCACUUCGUCCAAGUCUUCACCCGCCUCAAGUGGGACUUCGACAAGUACAAAACUUCGACCGCUCCUUCCCAAACCAGCGGCCGCUUCCACUACAUCUGGUACAUCCUCGGCGGUAGCUGCUAGAGCUGCAUCAGCCAGUGUAAAGAAGCCUGGAAAGAUGGAAAAGCCGACUUGGAAGACGGGACCUGGGUCCAAAAAGGGACCAUUCACAGUGGAUUCAGGGGGCGGAGGAGGUCAAGCAACAACGAGACAACAACCAACCCUGCCUGCUAAUGUCGAUAGUAAUCAUGUCAGAAGACCUACGCCUCGAGACGUCCCUCCACCGAUGCGCCGAUCGAACCCUCCAACUCCCAACAUGUCACCCAGUGGUUCUCGAAUGGGCAGUAUGAAUGUGGGAUCAAGUAGUCGAAGCAGGGAAGGAUCAAUCUAUUUCCCAGAUCAAGCUUCCAUCGCCACCAAUUCAGCUCCAGUAACACCUUUUGAUCUUGCCCUCGCGUCCAGUGCUGCUAGUAGCGGAGGUUUGUACUAUACACCUGCUCAGGCUUCCCCAUUGUCCUCUUCCUUUCCAGUGGUCUCCAAACCUCAUCCGUUGUCAGGCUCUACCACACCAUUGGACCCGCCCCCGUCCUCUUGGUACUUCCAGAAUGCGCAGCCUCCAUCCGCCGGCGGCAAUCAGGACUGGAUGAAUACCCAGCUUGCGCCUCCACCGUUGGAAGAUCCCGGACUAGACCCAUCGGUCUUCGAGGCAUUGGCGGAACUCGUGCGGUCUCAAUCAACGGUCCCAGUGCCAGCGCCAGCGCCUGUCCCUGCUCCGCCCCCACCGCCGCCGAUGCAGCAGCAACUUGCUCCUGGUUUAUUCCCGCAAGGAUCUGCCGAGAGCAUGCUCAGUCGUUUGAUGGCUCAGAAGCAAACUGAGCAGUAUGUCCCGCCACCGAAUCACAAUCAGUUCCCCAUGGCUCCAACCUGGCCCGCAGCUCCCGCUCAGACUGCUCAAACUACACCAUCCAGUGUCCCCUCUUAUGCUUCCAGCAGCACCCUGUCCAACUCCUUCAAGACACCUUUUGCGCCGCAGAGGGCUGAAGCGCCCACGCUGCCCAGUUCAGCUCAUCCGAGUCCCCGUAGUUUUCACAACUCACCUGCCUCCUCUGCUGGACCUUCUUCAGUCCAAGCGCAGCCCAACCUUUUGGCAAAUCUUCCACCGAUCCCUGCCGGCUUCUCACUGGAGCAGUUGUCACAAUUUGGAAGUGCCGGAUUGGAAAUGGCCAUUCGAGUUGGCAUGGGCAUUGGCAUGAGUCUUGGGCAACAAGCGCAACAGGCUCAGCAAGCCUUCUCGACCCAGCCGUCUUCCAUCGCAGACACCACUCCAUCAUCCGUUGCGUCACCACCGAAACCGCGUCCACCUCCAAAGUCGAGUAAUAUUGUUUCAGACAUUUUGAAUGAUCAACUGUUCAAGAAGGCUACUACACCGCUCAGCAGGCCAAUGUCCCGUCGACCAUCACGAGAGCGUGGUGGUAGUCCUGUUUUGACUUCAGCGCUGUCUCCGGAGGAAGCGGCGAAGAAGGAUCCGCUUGCGACUCAGGUCUGGAAGGCUUACGCGCAGAAUCGAGAGAAUCUGCCAAAUGGGGCGAGAAUGGAGAACUUGACCUGGCGGUUGAUGCAUCUAACCCUGAAGAAACAGGAAGAUGCCGCUGCUGCUCAGUCAAUCAAGACGGAGGACGAGGAGACGGAUGAGCUCAAGGCACUGCCAGAACAGGAGCGAGGGCGGAGCAAGGGGAAAUCGAGAGUCGUUGGUUUCGGAGACAAGUCAGACUCGAUGGAGAUGGAUUGGCGCGCACAGAGCCGAUCUCGGUCCCGUAUGGCAAUGGACUGGCGAGCUCAGUCACGAUCACGUUCAAGGCCUGCCUUCACAGGUAAUCGCUCAGCCCUCGUGGCCGGAGAUGAGGCGCACGCACACAAUCUGUUGGCUCAGACCAUGCCCAGUACAGCCCCAUCGGCGUCUUGGUCACAGUCCACCAUCACGCCAUCAAGCAUCAAACCUCAAAUGCCUAACGUUGCUCCUUCUACGAUGCCCGUGACGAACGCUUUUCCCUCGGCGGAUCUCUUUGCAAGCUCGGCACCGGUGGACCAAGUCGAGUUUGGUGAUCAGCUCCAGCAGCUCAUGCUGUCGAUGACUAGCAAUCCGCUCCAUAUCGCACCAACUCUCCCCGGUAUUUCCGGACCCGGUCUCUACUCUCAAACAGAGGAGAACUACCAUCCACAGUAUGGAUACCUCCCGCGACGAGUGCGAAAGACCAGUUUCGAUCACACUCUUCGACCUACAGAAGAGGACCUUAUGCCGCCACCUGCAAAUCCUCGGAAGCGUCAUGCUGAGGCAUCGCCCCAUCGUCGUGCCGGUUCCGACUUCCCCAGCGCAAACUUUACGUUCAACUAUCCGAGCUCGUACGAUAAUCUCUUCGACAUGGCAGGUAGCGCGAGCGUAGCGGACUCAUGGACCAGCGCACCUGCAAGUACAGUACCUUCGACUUACAAUUCGCCAGCCCCAACCCUGGACCCUGCGACUGCCGUAGAGCUCGCCAAUCAAGUAGCGAAUCAAUCCACUGAGAGCCCGUUCGACUUUCAACAGCUCAUGCACAUGUACCUCAAUGCCAAUGCCACUGCCUCACCAUUCACUCACAUCAACCCGUCUCAGAUUCUCGGAUCAAUUCCUCCUCAUUUACUGCCAAAUGGUGGAGAGCCCAGUCCAGCCUCACCGCCUGUGUCUUCGCCAUCGGUCCAGCCUACGCCUCAGGCCUCUGUCAGGCCACUGCCAAAAGUGCUCGGAGGCAAGCCUGUCGAGGUCAAGCGGCCCCCGCCAAGAUCCAACAGUUCGCCAAACCUCCAGGGACUUCGAGCUCUGUCAAAAGCUGCCUCCCCUGAGGCACCAUCUGACGAUAGCCCGGGCAGUAUCAUGCAUCCUGAAGGUAGUGGAACGAUGUGUUCGAAUUGUCAGAGUACGGUGACUCCAUUGUGGCGACGGGACGCGGAGGGGCAUCCGCUGUGUAAUGCGUGUGGUCUGUUCUACAAAUUGCACGGCGUGGUCCGGCCGCUCUCUCUCAAGACUGAUGUGAUCAAGAAGAGGUGGGGCAAAUUCAAUGAUUUGAUGGCUGACAUACAGGAAUCGAACGUCCAAUCCCAAAGACACCCCUUCUCGUCGGAGCUCGACCAAGUCAAAGUCGACUAGACCUUUGUCGAUGUCUGCUGGGAAAAAAGUGCGACGAGUAUCCGACGGUGACGACACGGGAUCCGAAGAUAAUUCUGGACCGUCCUUCUCGAUGACAUCGUUAUGAUGGCUCGGCGUGGUUUAGUGUAUGACUCUUGUAUCCUUCUCUCAAUAUAGACGCUUAUAGACGGACUGCUUCUUGGAUCAUUCUGCGUGACGGUUCUCAUCGUUGUAAGAAAAGACAGUCGGAUUUUCCUGGACUCUGGGUCAACCAAUUUUACUUUUAAUUUUGACUUGGUUCUCAUUUUCAGAAAGUCUCCUCGCUGUUGUGAUGCAAUAUUUGACUCAAUCUUGACAACGAAUUCCGAGUUGGGUCAUUCAGCCAUGCGUCCAGGACCUUCGCCUUUCCUCCUGCUCCGCUUGCAUCGAGCGUCACUAGCGUCUCAACGCCGAGCAAAUUCCACUUUCAAUC